CAACUUCGUUCUUUCGGGCUUACGUUUAGUUUUCAAACGCUGACGAGUGACGGCCCGCUCAGUUGUUGCUGUUAUGUAGACAGAGAAAGACGUGGAACACUCUUUAAAAUGGGUGAUAAUAGAAAUAAUUUUAGAAGACAAAAUUUAAACCGGAAAAGUGUGAGAGAAGGUCGAUGUUACAGUGUUGUAGUUACUGACAAGGAAAUAGAACUGUUAAAGAAACAGGAGAUUAAGGAGAAUAAAGAGAACCAGAGUCCUAAACCUAAUCCUGGUUUUGUUAAAUCCAUGUGUAAAUUUUACUCCGGUGUGUUUACUGCCAGCUCUGGUGGGAAACCGGUUCAAAGAUCGAACAGUUUGUCGGAGAACAAAGAUAAAAAUGGAAGCCAGAAAUCCACCAAACCUUCUCCCUUGGAAAUCCGGCGAACCUGUAGUUUUCAGGAUAAAUCACUGGGAGAUACUGAAGAGUUCCAGGAGAGGUCUAUCUCUGAGAGUCCCCAACUAUCUCCGACCUGGCAAAGUAUUAAAAGUCAAGACUCUGGAUUCUCUGACUCCGGAGAGAGUGAGGAGGGUCGGAGCCCUGAACUCAAUAUCUACUAUGUCCAAGAGGAGUCUCGUGAUAAGUUAUCUGGCAGCUUGAGUACAGUUUCUAGUCUGCAGACAGGAUUGAGAUUGAAACUUGAAGGAGAACCCAGAUCACUCCACCAGACUAGAACAGAGCUAGCCAAGAGUAUGUUUAAGGCGGACUGUAACUCCGCCAGUAAGUUGAUCCAUUUUAUAAACGCCAGGAAUAGGGAGAAGGUUCUGCAGAGUAGAACCUUGUCUCCGGUAGACUCUGCUCCGCUCCGACCCAAACCCUCCGGACCUAUGUUCAGUACACCCCUGAGAUCAUCUUUCAGACAGAGACCUAGAACCAUUAUUGGUAUUGAAGAGGCGCACACUCCUGUGAAAGUUGAACCCAGAUCUAAACUAAGAGAGAUAAAAAACCGUCGGAGAUUAUCUCAUUCAAUCCAGUCCUUACAAGGAGUUGAACUUGAUAAACCUGGAGUUCAUGAGACCAUAAUUGAGCAUGGAGAUAUCCUAGACCCAACCCUGCUCCAGGAUACACAGAACAGUAGGAUUAACUCCUCCAACCUAAGUGGAAGAGAAGUGAAUGAGUUAAACUCUAGUCAGACUGAUCCUGUUUAUGAAUGGUGGAGAGACCUAUUGGUUAUGACUGACUCCGAGUGCAUGACUUAUCUUCAAAGUAAACCAAUCCUACCUAGAUUAGGACAAUCAGCCUCUAAUCAGCAGACCUCCAGCCUCCAAACCUCCAGCCGAACAGCCUCUAGUUUAGCCUCGUUGCUUAGGAAACCCAGUUUGAAUGUUCAAAGGAUCAAUUAUAUUAUAGAAGCUAAUCAAAUAAUUCAGGAUACAAUUGUUCAAUUCACCAGAGAGUUUGGAGUGCAGAGUCAGAUUGAGAUGAAUAAAGGAAUAAUGCAGUUGAUAACCAGGAUACAAGAUUAUGUUUAUGAUUAUAACCAGGGUCUCACGGCUCUAGAAACAGUUUCAUGUCGAGAUUUGCCCGGUCUCCGGUCAUCCAGUGAUUUGCCCGGUCUGGACGGAACCUAUGAGAUUCUGCUACUCCAACAACAAGGAGUGCUUCAUAUCCUGGACAGGUUAAAACUCUGCUCCCAUAGGAGUGAAUACACUCCGACCAAACCUAUCCUAGAUAUACGACGGGUUCUAGGACACCUGGAGAAAGGGUUUCUCAAGUUGGCGGAUCUAACCCUGAGAAAAGAAUUGAAGAGCGUUGUUGAAGCUCUAUCUUCUCCACACAACGAUCUGUUUACAAUUGAAUCCUUGAAUAUUCUGAUAGGACUUGGAAACCAGCAAUCUCAGCAGGUCAACUCAGUUCUAUCGGAGAUUAAAACUAUCGAAACCUUGGUCCAGCUUUGCGAAUCGACCAACAGUCGAGAGGUUCAACUUCUCUCUCUCCGAUCUAUUAGUUCUGUAUCCUGUACUAUAGAGUGUAUCCGGAACCUGGAAAGCGCUGGAGGGAUCAGUAUGAUCUCGAGGCUUCUUGUCUCCGAUCCUUCUCUCGAGGUGAGAGUUGAGGCUGCCGGAGUUCUAGCACAGAUAACAUCUCCCUGGAUCUCGGAUAACCACCGGGUCUCCGGGUUGGAUGAUCAUGUCUCCAGGUUGGUUCCUCAGCUCUCUAACCUGGCGAGGUUACAGUGUGGAGAAGAUAGUUUCCUUCUUGUCUCUGCUGCACUAGCAAACUUAACCUUCAUGGAACCCUCCUGCCUAGAGAACCUUCUCCAGUGCUCAACCUCUAGGAUUCUUAUGAGCAGGGUUGAGUCUACUCCGUUUAUCUCCUUGUUUGCACGGGACCAGGUUGUCACUGUGCUGGCCAACCUAGCUGGAGUUGAACCUGGACGAGAGAGAAUACUUCGGGACGGAGGAAUAGAGUUCCUUGUAUCCCAGCUUAAUAUUAAUGUUGAUACGGCGGAUACCCAGGCGGAGCUCGAGGCGGUGGAACGAAUGCUGAAAAAAUCCGCCAUUGCACUCUGUAGAAUAUGCCUGGGUGAGGCGGAGUGUAGGUUACUUGAGCAGGUUGGAGGGGUAGAGAGGGCAGUUCAGUUAUCCCAGGAACCAGCUUCAAGGAACUACAGUGAUUCUGUUCUAGUGGCUUGUUUAGCUCUACUCAGGAGAGUUUCAUCAAACCUUAACCUAGAAAUAGAACAGAGUUUAAUCCAGGACUCUCUAGUUCAAUCCUUCAGAGAGUUAAGCAGUAAACAUGAAAGUUAUGUUUGAAUCUGAGAAAAGCAUUGUGAUAAAUUUAAUCAUGUUUAUACCAAAGAAAUAUAGAUUUUAUCAAAUAUCUAGGUGGUCUACGGACUAAAAUAAAUCUCCUAAUAUUUUA